GUACUGAGAGUAGAAAAUAAUUUAUAAAUUGUUGUACAAUGUUAAUGCCCAAAACAGAGUCUCUUCUUUCGAACACGGUGGAGAGCGAUCUUGGAGUGAUCAUUAUCGUCUAUUUAUCUAUGUUUUUAGACAAUGUACUGUUGACCGUCGUUGUACCGAUAAUUCCCGAAUACCUGUACACUCAAUGGAAUAAUAAUUCAUCAAGACCGACCAACGCGACCACGUUGGACCAUUCCGCGCUGCUCGCCAGCUCAUUGCUGAAAAUGAAACAAACUCUGGACAACGAAAACGAAACAGUCGGUAUUCUGUUAUCUUCCAAAGCCAUCGUACAGUUGCUCAUGAACCCCGUGGUAGGGGUUUUUACAUCGUACGUCGGAUACAACUUGCCAAUAUUCCUAGGAUCAAUCUUGUUAAUCAUCAUAUCAGUAUUGUUCGCGUACGGCGAAUCGUUUGCUUCGUUGUUAAUUGCCAGAAGUCUCCAGGGCACUGCUUCGGCGCUGAUCGGCGUGUCAGGCAUGUGCCUGAUAGCCGAUCAAAAACAUAUGUCGGAACUGAGACGCAGUAAAGUUAUGGGCUUAGUGAUGGGAAGCAUUGCUCUGGGCGUACUGGUCGGUUACCCGUUUGGCGGUAUACUUUACGACUUGGUAAACAAGCCAACGCCGUUCAUUAUUAUCAUUGGCGUCAUAACAAUAAACUUGGGACUACAGUUGUGUAUUUUAAGAUUUAAUCCAAUAGGACAGAUAAACCCAUUCAAGAAGUUACAAUUUAAUCAAAUUUAUCACGACAACAAAUUCGAGGCUCGUUUUGACAACGGUAACUGGAAAGACCUUCUAAAAGACGGAUACGUUUUGUUGAUCACUACCGCUAUUUGUUUGACGUCGUCGGCAAUGGCUACACUUGAACCAUUUUUGCCAAUUUGGCUUAUACAAAUCAUAAAUCCGCAAAAGUGGCAGCUAGGAACGGUUUUCAUUCCAGACAGUCUUGGCUACUUGGUUGGUACCAAUUUUUUCGGCAGCUUAGCAUACGAAGUGGGCCAAUGGAGAAUGGCCGUGUUAGCUACGUUAUUGGUUGGCAUAUCUGCGAUUUUGAUUCCAUCUGCCACGUCAAUGCUAGGUUUGAUUUGCCCACAUUUCGGUCUAGGUCUAGGCAUCGGAGUGGUCGACUCGGCUUUAGUGCCUAUGCUGGCUAGUCUUGUUGACUCGAGACAUCCAAAUGUACAUUAUGGAUCGGUGUACGCACUCCAGCAAACUGCCGUCAGUCUAGCAUACUUCAUAGGUCCAGUUUUAGGAGGAAGAUUCGUUAAGUCAGUCGGGUUUCCUUGGUUAAUGAGAACUAUAGGCAUACUGAACUUAGCGUUUUGCUGCGUGCUAAUAUUUCUGGUUGGAGUGACACACGAUGAAACCGAUAAGAUUAUAAGCAACGGGAAAUGUGUAGCGGACUACAAUUCUACGAGCGUAAUACCUCAAUUGAAGGUGUCCAACAACACUUAUAAGAAACUUGAAGAAUCCGAAGAAGAACACUAAUGACUCAAUCCAGUCCGUAGGGAUGUCGAAGUCACAAUCAAAUUUGUUUCAUAUUAUUGAAAUAGUUUAAUGUGUAUUUCUUCGAUAACCUUAGGCGUUUUAAAAAGGUUUAAGUUUUAAUUGCUUUGACACAAAUGUAUGCUGCUUGUACAUUUUUAUUCAACCUUGGGUUUACAUAGAAGAUUUUGCAUAAGUCCAACAAUAGCUCUCGAGUUUUUUCCCCCUUACUUUAGUUAGUAAUAAUUGUGUAAAUUCGCUUCGAUUGUUUUAAUCCUUAAAGUGUGACUUGGAAAAAAAGCAAACAUAUUAUACUCGACUGGUUACGACCGUCGACUGUCAAAGCUUACCA